GCACUCUUCAGCGGCCGCCGAGCCGAGCGGACGCCCCUCGGGGCCGCACCGCAGCCCCCCCGCACCCCUGCUUAUCAUGCCCCGAGCCAGGGCCUGGCAGCCGAAGCAGCCAGGACACCAUGCCGGAGGGCGAAGGUGGAGACUGCGGGGAGGUGCCCGCGCUCGUUCCGGACGGCGAGCCGCUGCGAGAGGAGCAGCGGCCCCUGAAGCAGUCCCUGGGAGGCUCUCUGUGUCGAGAGUCUCACUGGAAGUGCCUGCUCCUUACACUGCUCAUCCAUGCCUGUGGGGCUGUGGUGGCCUGGUGUCGCUUAGCCACUGUGCCCCGCCUGGUCCUGGGGCCUGAGGCAGCCUUGGCUCGUGGGGCUGGCGGUCCACCGCCCACCUACCCAGCCAGUCCCUGCUCGGAUGGCUACCUGUACAUCCCAUUGGCCUUCGUCUCCCUCCUCUACCUCCUCUACCUGGCCGAGUGCUGGCACUGUCAUGUGCGGUCAUGCCAGGCGCCUCGCACCGAUGCCAACACAGUGCUUGCCCUGAUCCACCGGCUGCAACAGGCUCCGCCCUGUGUCUGGUGGAAGGCCACCAGCUACCACUACGUGCGCCGCACACGCCAGAUCACCCGCUACCGCAAUGGGGACGCCUAUACCACCACACAGGUCUACCAUGAGAGGGCGGACAGUCGCACAGCUCGGGGUGAGUUUGACUACAGUGCACAUGGUGUCCGUGACGUCUCUAAGGAGCUCGUGGGCCUGGCAGACCACGCAGCCACGCGGCUGCGUUUCACCAAGUGCUUCAGCUUUGGGAGUGCUGAGGCCGAGGCCUCGUACCUCACGCAGAGGGCCCGCUUCUUCAGUGCCAAUGAGGGCCUGGACGACUACCUAGAGGCCCGGGAGGGCAUGCAUCUGAAGGAUGUGGACUUCCGUGAGUCCCUCAUGGUCUUUGCAGACCCCCGCAGCCCACCCUGGUAUGCCCGAGCCUGGGUCUUCUGGCUGGUGUCUGCAGCCACGCUGUCCUGGCCACUGCGAGUGGUGGCAGCCUAUGGGACAGCCCAUGUGCACUACCAAGUGGAGAAGCUUUUCGGUGCCAGCUCACCGCCCCCAGGGGCUGUGCCCAGCGGACCACCACUCUCUCGCGUGGCCACCGUGGACUUCACAGAGCUUGAGUGGCACAUCUGCUCCAACCGGCAGCUGGUGCCCAGCUACUCGGAGGCUGUGGUUAUGGGUGCCAGCUCUGGGGCCUACCUGCGAGGCUGCCAACGCUGCCGCCGCUCGGUCAGCAGCAACUCCCUGCCUCCUGCCCGCCCCAGCGGGCCUCGCCUACCCUUCAGUCGCAGCCGCCUCUCGCUAGGUGCUGGGGGCCGAACCACCCCAGGGGUCUUCCGAAGCUUAAGUGGAGGUCCCUUGGGACGCAGAGGGGAGGACACGGAGCCUCUGGAAAGCCCUCCGUGCUAUGAGGACGCCCUUUACUUCCCGGUGCUCAUUGUCCACGGAGACAGCGGCUGCCGGGGAGAUGGGCAGGGUGCACUCUGAGGUACCCGCUCCUACAGUCCCAGAACACCCCUCUCUUCUCACCAUCUCACCACGGGCUUGGAUGUCUGAUUAACUGUCGGAAACAGGAAAGAAAACAGACCAGCCACGCACAAGGGGUGGGAGUGGAGUGGGAUCCUUAGACUGAAAUGCGGUGACACAUGGUCCUCUGAGGAGGAAGUAAAUGCCAUCUAAGUUGAGUCUGUGAUCUGUCCCCAGCAUGGCUCCCCCAACCAUCGCCAUGUUCCCCUGUGAUAGCAGAUGAUGCUGGGCAGGGAGAGAAGCUUCCAGAAAGACUGGGAUGGGGAAGAGACCUGAGCACGGCCGCCUGCCUCUCUGCCACGCUGAGCUACAUGUGGGGCCCUCCAGCAACAUAGAAGCACAAACUGGUGGCCUGGGACCAUGGCCAGCUGGGAUUGCUGUCCUGAAGCUGAACAGCUGGCUGUGGCUACCCCAUAGCUUGGUCCCCUGCCCACCAGAGUUUCCAUCUUCCUCUGCUCCAUUCUUUUUGUCUGCCCUCUGGCCUCUGCUCCGGGCAAGUGCCCUGAUUAUCCCUAGACCCUAAGGUGUGGUUAGUCCCUCCACAGCGCCCAGCUCUCAGAGCACAGACUUGCUCUCUGCCCCCACCUUGGUCUCCCUGGUUCCUGCUGCACCCUCAUUACAUCCAGCUUUCCUUGUGACCCAGGUUUUCCAACUCUGAGCCCCAGCAUCCUAAAAUUCAUAUCUGCCUCUGUCAGCCACGCAGCACCUUGUCUCCACCAUCCCUCCGGGCUUCUCUGCUCUUCACCUUCUGCGUGAUCCACAGGAUGCAGGACUACAGGGCAUCCGAGGGGCUCUGCCUUGGCCACAGCCUCUUGGACGAUGCCCUGGUUGCCUUGAAGGCCCCUGCUUCUCCCAUUCAUGGAGCCUGUCCAGGGGACACCAUCCCUCCCUAGGGAGAACAGACUAGUCCCUUCCCUUCCAACUGGGGAUUCCACCCCCUCUCAGGGGCUGGCGGGGGAGGGAAGAGACAGAGAAAAUUAAAUAAAGUUAUGAAACGGGAGAGGUUUCACACGUGUGUUCCUGGGUGAUGGGUCCAAGGCCACUGAGUACAGAGUCAGGUGUAAUGGUGGGCUCAGGGAGGAGACCCAGAGGUAGCGUCUAGUAUUCAGACACACAGGGUGGGAGCCUUUCUGCCUCCCCCAGGGCCUCUGAGACCCAGCUUUGAGAUGGCCUGAGUAGCUGACUACACUCAACCCCAGUAUCAGAACUUGAUUACAUAGUAUGCAUUGUCCCAGGUGACUCCUCUUCCAACCUGGUGGCAAUUGCAAACCUGCUGGGCAUGCAGAGGACUAAGGGGUGAUGUCUGCUUCCCACUGUGGGGAGAAAGGUAUGGCUUGUAACCCAAAUACAGUUCCAUUUGUGGCCACUGAGCAGUCUGGGGCAAGUUGAGGGAAAGAAAGCUGAAACAUGGGCAAGCCAAAAUGGAAUCUAAAGAAAGAGAAUACAGGAAGGGCCUCACUCUUCUGAGUGAGGUGUCAAUGUUGUAUGCAGAGUUUGCUCACGAUGUCUACUAUACACGAGUGCUAGGCUGCGGGGAAGCAGGAGUAUAAUUAGUUCCCGAGCUUUGAGUAGCAUGGGGAAACAGAAGCCAAGACCCAUGGCUCUAGGACAAACACCAGAGUCUGUGUUGGAGCUGGAGCCAUGGUGAAUAGUUGAAAAAGAAGAAAGCUGAGGCUUUACAUGAAGACAACGUCCAGCUGCCUGCAGGGAAGUCUAGCUCAGUGGGUAGAGUGCUUGUCUAGCGUGCAAGUGGCCCAGGGUUCCAGCUCCAAUAACAUGAGUAGCAAGUGUGGUGAUGUGAGUCUAUCAUCCCAGUGUUCAGAAGAUAGAGGCAGGAGGUUGGAAUUUCAAGGUCAUCCUUAGCUAGGUCUGGAGUUCAAGAUUAGCCUGGGAGACCUGAGACUCCAUAUAAUAAACAACUGAAGUAGAAAACCUACAGUACCCAAAAUACCAAGAAAUCUUCCUGGGGGAGGUCUCUGCCCUUCCUUCUCCUCUGAUACUAUAGCUACCAAGUGCUCACAGAACCUUCUUUCUUCCUCAAUGUAUAAAUCCAACUGUAUCCUAGAUGGCAGUGACCCCAGCCAAAGGCAACAUUCUACACUCCCUUGCAUGGAUAGUGUGACAUAAUUCUAAGACAUAGUCAGAAGGAGUGAGAAGGGAUUUUUUUAAAGUAUUAUUUAUUUUAUGUAUAUUUUGAGUACACUGAAGCUGUAUGCAGAUACACCAGAAGAGGGCAUCAGAUCUCAUUAAAAAUGGUUGUGAGCCACCAUGUGAUUGCUGGAAAUUGAACUCAGGACAACUGGAAGAGCAGUUAGUGCUCUUAACCACUGAGCCAUAUCUCCAACCUGAGAAGGGAUUUCUAAUGAUGUCUUUUAAGAUAAAAACAAUGUUGGAGAAA